CGCCAUAAAAAUUCCCUCCCCAUGUCUUCGCUUCGCUCUCUUCCCUCCUUCGCUCCCUCUCUUUCUCAUAUCAAGACCAUCACAAUCCGUUCCUUCUUUUCCACAGCUCUUGAGCAGGCUCAUUCACUCGCCGGCCGGUCAGAAUUCAUUCUUUUUACAUACGUAUCUGCUCAGGCACCCCUGUCAUCACUUCGGCCUCUCUCCUUCUGAAACUCCAUCCGCCGAUUUCACGUUCCCUGAACAUUCCCAAUAUCAUCUCGGCUUGAGCCAGCUCAGCCCCAGAUUUGCAUUGACAACUUGCAUUCCUUGACUUGGAACCUGCUCAGACAACCCCCAGUUUACUCCUUCUCUUUGAACCCUUCCUCAGCGAGGAACAGCAUACCAUCCGAAUUUUACACAGUCUCCUUCAGACGACCAUCGCAGAUCUUCGUAUACGCCCCAACCACCUACUACGGGUUACGCCCUACGAACCACAAUGAAGACCGCUGCCGCCCUUCUCUGCGCCGCCCUGGCUACCACUGCCAUCGCCCAGCCUCACCAUCAUGACAUCGGACGUCGCCAUGUCCACGCGAACCACGCAAAAAACGCCAAACGUGCCCUGGUCACCGAAUGGGUCACCGAGACGGCCUACGUGACCGAGUACUACGAUUCCACCACCACCGUCUGGAUCACCCCUGGUGCCGAGCCGUCCAACAGUCGGGACGCUCAGUUCUUCGAGCCGGAGCUGUCCAGCCCUUCCCCCACACCCUCUCCUUCGCCUCAGCCUGAAGCGGAACCCGAGCCCGAGCCCGAGCCCGAGCCUGAACCUGAGCCGGAGCAAGAACCAGUUCACGUACCGGAGGAGCCGGAGUCGGAGCCUGAACCAGAGCCUCAGCCUCAGACGCAACCUCAACCGGAGCCCGAACCCGAACCGGAGCCUGAACCCGAGUCAGAGCCAGAGCCAGAGCCAGAGUCAGAGUCAGAGUCAGAGCCCCAGACCCCGCCGCCUUCCAACGCCAACGGAGGUGGUCAUAGUUCCAACAACCACGCCGUCGACAGCGGCAGCGUCCCCGGCAACGCUCACACCGGCGACCUGACCUACUUCGACCUCGCCCUGGGCGCCUGCGGCCUGGACGAUUCCGGCAAGGACGAAACCCACAACUUCGUCGCCCUCUCCCACCUCAUGAUGGGCACGCGGUCCAACGACAACCCCAUGUGCGGCGAGACCAUCACCAUCCGCGCCAACGGCAAGGAGGUCACCGCCGUGGUCCGCGACAAGUGCAUGGGCUGCGCGAGGGAGGACAUUGACGUCUCCAAGGCCGCCUUCCUCGCGCUCUUUGACGAGCUCACCUCCGGCCGCGUCAAGGUCUCUUGGUGGUUCAACUAGAGCUUUCUCGCUCCUCCCCUCAGACAGACCGCUUCGCAAAAAGAAACUUGGCCUGCCUUGCCUUUUUCUUUUUUUCUUUCUUUCCACGUACACAGAACACACCUCGGAUCACAAUAAAGGGGGGAACGGGCGCUAAAUUGGACAAGUCUAUAAGAGACGAACGUCCGCUUUGACGAUUGAUGACUGGGGUUUUACCAUUCGCUUCCUGGGGUUUUGGGUUUCUUUUCUAUCUUCUGAUACCAAACAUUAAGGGGGGGGUUCUUAUGGCUUGGGGAUUCUUGAGAUCUACUUGGCCGGCUUGGUGUCUGACUUUCUACACGGACCAAAGGGGAA